ACAUCUUUUACUGCGCAUGAGUGCCUGCGUCAGAACUGAAACUAAAGCGCAGUGUUUACUUUCAAAAAGUGAUAACAUUGUGCUAAGUGGCACUGUGAUAUUGGACCAAAAGAGCACUUUAUAUUUUGCUUCUCUUUUGACAAGAAUGAAUACUUUUUCCUGAAACACGUUCCUUGACGGUUACGAUAUGUAGGCUAGGCUACUUGGCUCGUUUUGUGUACACUGGAUAUUGUUUUGAUUUCCCUGACAACUGAAAGACGCCAUCGGCAGAGAUAAGAGAUGACAAGCCCGUCAAAGAUAUUUACUGAAGUGAGACUUAAUAUUCCAGCCACCAUACCAACAAAUUCAGUUUCAAGCUUACUUCACGGCACGACAGUGAGACUUAAACGUGAUGGUAAAUAUUCAGUUGCCAUCGGGUCUUUCCAAGAUAUUGAAGAUAUUCAUAAGAAGUGUAUAAUUAUGCAAACAACAUAUGAUGGAAGUAGUGAUCUAAGACAAGAGAAAAUGAGUCUAAAGGACCAUGCUGCAGCAGGUCUGGGACAAGCUCAAAGUGACUCUUUAGUAGUUCAACCAGUCAAGGUUGAUGACAUUGUUAUGCGUUACAUCCAAGAAAAGAAAUCUAAGGAACUAAACACAAUCAAAAAAAGGAAUGCAGUUUUGAUAAACUGGUUCAAAAGUCAUGUGAAUUUUAUGUCUAUUACUGGUAAGAACAUUCACGCUCAAUUUGCACGAGAACAGUUUAUAACAUUAUAUCAAAAGACUGCAACAGGGCUGCAAACUAGGGCAUAUGUUUACAAUCCAAAAAUGACUGAACUUUGCCUGGCAGAGUUUCCAGAACUCUUAAUCAAUACAGAUCGAAAGCAAAUGGAACUGACUGGCAGCUUCAUUAGCCUAGAAAGAUUCGAGACGUUUUUGAAUGGGAGUGCUCAGCACCGAAUGGGAAGGUCUUCACAGCACCAAACCCCAAGAAAAACAAAAGAUGAUGACAUGAGAAUGUGUUCACCACACCAAACCCCAAGAAAAACACAAGAUGAUGACAUGUCUUACAAACAACCUGUGAAAGAAGAGAAAUCAAUAGACCAAGCCAAAGAUGAGACAUGUCCAAUUUGUUUGGACACAAUCAAGACACCUGAUUGCAAAGUCUUAAGUAAAUGCAACCACAAAUUUUGUAAAGACUGUUUAGAUAGGGCUUUCAAGUUGAAACCAGCCUGUCCGAUAUGUGGAGAGAUAUACGGCAGUCUUACAGGGACGCAACCAAAAGGAGGGACCAUGACUGUCUCAAGGGACAGAUCUUCUUUACCUGGAUACGAAAAAUAUGGUACGAUCGAAAUUAGCUACUACAUACCAAGUGGAUACCAGGGGAAUGAACAUCCAAAUCCAGGCAUGAUGUACCAGGGUGCGUCCCGCAUAGCUUACCUCCCUGACUCAACAGAGGGAAACAACGUGCUAAAGCUUCUGCAGAGGGCGUUUGAGCAGCGACUCACUUUCACUAUUGGUUGUUCAUCUACCACUGGAAAGAACAAUGUGGUGACCUGGAAUGACAUUCACCAUAAGACGUCUCGUGAUGGAGGGCCAACGCAUUAUGGUUACCCAGAUCCAGACUACCUGAAACGAGUACAAGAUGAACUGAAAGCAAAAGGAAUUCAAUGAUUUUAUGGACUUAACUUUGUAAACACUAUAUAAUAUUAACCAGAAGUCAUAAUACAAAAAGUAAGGUAAUAUUGCAGUCUCAAAAUGACCAGCCAAUUACAACACGUUUUUACAGCCACUCUAUAUACGUUUAACACAGUUUAGGAUGUACUGUUUGAGUUGCCAUGUUUUAGUUUGUAACAUUUUAAUCUCAUAAAGCAGCAUAAGAGAAACAGAAGUAGGAGUAGUCGCAGUAAUCACAUUCUGAUUUUAACUGUAAACCUUAUAAUUUCAUGUCAAUAUGAUAAAGCAUCACAUUUACAGAAUUAGAUUUUAAAGGCACAGUAAGCAAAUUUCACUGCUAGAGGUCGAUUAUUCAAAACAAUAACAAAGACGUAGCUUGAUGACACCGUGAAUGAGUGUGCAAUCACGGGAGUUGUCAUCUUCACCUCCGUAGCCGAUGGAAAGCAAUCCGACGGGACUCAGAAAUCAUGUUCGUGGAAGAGCAAAUGUAUUAAAGGUUCAUUAACAUUAAUGCCGAGAGACUUGGGAGCAGAACAAGGCCAGUUGAUCAAAUGUUAAUGAGACAGAUGCGCUCCUUUUGUUUUGUUGUUUAUGUUUAUUUUACGAUUAAAGUUGUUUAACAUUC